UCAAUACGGAGAGAUAACGUCCGCGCUCGACUCCACGCUUGAAUUGAGAAGCGAGCGCGCCGACGGAACGAUAACGAUGUAUAAUCAGCGCGAUAUGCGCGCAUAUAAUUAUCAUCAGGCGCAAUAAUGUUCUAAAGUUCGUCGCGCAUCAUCCUUGCUUCCGCAUACGUCUCGCGCGAUAAAGUUUAACGAUCGAGUUGAAAUAAGUGAUUAGUGCCGGAAGCGGGAGGCAAAAAUGCGAAGUCGUAACGUCCAGCGGGCAGUAGAGUGAUUUCGUAAUGGCGCGCGUUGCGCGAUUCGCCUAAUGGCGUCUGACUGACGAACGAAAGUUCCGCGAUCGCGGGUGGAAAAAUGGGAAAGAACGGCGACCAAACGCAUCGCCGGCCAAACGGAAACGGCCCCACGAUGUUGCGACGCGGACCGGGUGAGACACGUUGAGACGGAAUGAGGAAAAUGCAGCCAUAAGGACGCGUUGCUUCAUAGGGUUUGGUAUCCCAGCUAAAAGUGUAUUACGGAAAAAUACAUUAAACAUAAGAGAGAGAGAGAGAGAGAGAGAGAGAGAGAGAGAGAGAGAGAGAGAGAGAGAGAGAGAGAAUGCGCGGCUCUCUUCGAUAGUUAUUAACGAUUUGGAGGAUACGUUGAACGACGAAUCGGUGCACUCAGAAAGUGGGUGGCGAAGGUCCUUCGAAGACUCGGUCGAGAAGCGCCCUCGGUUGUCCGGCAUAAUUCGAUACGAUGCAAAUCGCCGGAGGCGACCGAAAGCGUGCGGUGCCCCGCACGUGCCAUGGGGAGGGGACAAGGAUCCCUACGUAUAUAUGACGGUGACGUUCGCCACUCUGACUUAAUAGUUUACACACAACGAGCCAGAGAACCUUCGAAGAUCGCUUCGAAGAUCGCCUCGAUCUCUCGUCUCGAGUAGAACACUCCGUCACCGCCUGCCGUAGAUCUCUCCCCGGUGACCGGAAGUUACCCUUCGGCCGCUCGAAAAUGGGACGCCCGUCCAUAGCGACCUGCGUCCUCGUAGCUGCACUCGUGCUGCCGAGGCUCGUCCACGGACGUCCUGCGAGCGACGACAACCGCGGGUCGGUCUUGAGCACGUUAGAGUCACGUGCCCCGAAGCCGGAGGAUUUCUCGGAACCAAAGGCGAUCUCGUCGCUCAUCGCGCGGGAAAAUCUGUCGAUUCCGGCUAAAUCACGGCAAAGACGGCUGUCGGACCAGAGGCGAGCCGAGCUGGAGACGUGGCUGGGUUUGACGAAAAUCAACGACGAGCAGUCACUGACGACGCGGACGAGCAGGCAACUGGAUCCAGUGAGAAUCGGCCGGCGAAGACGUUUCGCGGUGGACCGAGCCCCUACCGAAUUGGUGUCCAUCAAUACGAGACACAUCGGAGAUCCCGCGUAUCCUCUGAUUAGUUGAAUAGACCGCCUGAUAGGGGUGUCCGACCAAUGAAAGAGUGCAUUUCGCAUUGCGAGGGAUGAGCCUGGCACGUAAAAGGAAACGUUCUUCGACACACCAUUUUCCCGUCACUUCGGCAGGACAACUACUUAGGGGUUAGCGAAAUCACAGAAGGGAGGUUAUAUAUUAAUAUGCAUGGGGGUGGAGGGAUGAAUCAUAGACUCCUUGGAUUCAAAUCUAUCGAUGUCACGUAAUUUAGUCAAAAUAAAAUAUAUAGAGAUAUAUAUUUUAAUUCUUUCGUAGUCUCAACGGCGAGAAAGAAAGAA